CUGUCUAUCGCGAUCUUUAUCAAUGUACUCUGUGUUUUAAUUUGCACCAACCCCGGGUCAUUUUUCAGGUGUCUCAUUCCUCAAGCGCUCAGAUCAACAAUGAUAAGAACGAUGAAUCUGUGUAUCAUGACUGCCGCAGUCUUGACAGCUUUUGUGUACGUAAAUUCAAAACCAACAGAAACGAUCCAUCGAAGGGCAAAACGAUGGGAGAAUUUUCCUAAUCUGACCUUCACAUUCGACUGCACGGACAGAGCAGUUGGAUUUUAUGCAGACACGGAGCAUCACUGUCAAAUUUUCCACAUGUGUGAUGAGGAUGGUAGGAGAGUUCCAUACAUCUGCGCAAAUGACACCUCCUUCAAUCAGCAAUAUCGCAUUUGUGAUUGGGUUUACAACUUUGACUGCGCUCAGUCACAGGACUGGUACUAUUUGAAUGAGCUGACGUACGUGACAGAUCCUCCAAGGGAAAAUAACCUCUAGUUGAAAGAAAGCUGUGUGAUAAAAUUCUUUUGUAUACAACUUUCUCAGCUGAGGAGAUGGGUGGUAUUUUGCUUUAAGAAUUGAAGCAACAUUAAUUGCUUACACACUUAGAGGUGAAGGAUAAGAGUGACAAAAGAAAAAUUGGGGCAAAUUCUAAAAAGUCCAAUUUCAAAUGUAUGGAACUCUGAUCUCAAAACUGUUGUGUUCUUUCAAAUAAGGGGCUAACCAUGAUUGAGUAGGUAUUUGUCAGGAAAUGUCAAAAUCCCCAAUAUAAAGCAUGUACCUACAGAACAUUAUUAGCAAUAAAAUUACAUUACCUUGACUAUUAAGAUUUUUAGUCCAGAGGUAGGUAGAUGUUGUAAAAAAAAUUCCGGAAGUUUAUAAAACAGAAAAAUAUGAUCUUUAAAGUACCUAUGUUUAAUUCAGGAAAUAUUAACAGUCACUCCUUAACCGUUAAGAGUUACAUUGAUUGCAUGUCUUAAUGUUUACAAUGUGGCUAUUUCAAGAGUAAUACCUGACUCAUCUACUUAUUCUGCCAGUUAAGGGUUCUUAAUUAAAGGGGAAACUGCAGAGGUAGCAAGAUUGAAAAAAGAAAGGCUUCGAUCUACUUUUUACUGGUUUUUUAAUCAAAUAUAAAAUUUGUUUUAGCAAUAGUACAUAUAUACAGAUAAAAAUAGAUCGCUUUUCAACUUUUCUUUGCACAAUGAAAGCAAAGAUUAACAACAGAGCCUACCUAAGUAACAAGACUGGAAAAUAAUCUAGGGCAUAAACAACAAAGUUGCCGGUGAACUACAAAAUGUUGGAUCCUUUAAAGAAUAUAAAGCUAUAAAAA